AUGACUACUGCAACAAUACUUAAUUCAUUGCCCAUCGAAAUCAUUGAAUUGAUCUCUGUAUAUACAUCUACUCAAGACUUGCUUCAGGUGAUACUUGUGUCCAAAUCAUGGUAUCAUUUCUUCUACAACUUUAUAUACCGAUCUCUCGCUAUUGAUAGCUAUGACAAACAGCAAAGAAUCUUGCCAGCUUUCUACACUGGUAGACUACCUGGCCACUAUGUAAAGGCAUUAACGCUGCAAAACAUCGAUCUCUCGGAGUAUGACACAUCUCACUUGACAAAGCUGUUCCCCGAAGUAGAUACAUUGGUCUUGGAUUGGAGCAUAUGGACCUCUUCAUUGCAAUUCAAUGUUCAUUUUGAUUCUGAUGCACCCAUCUCAUACAUUCAUCCACCUCAAGGUCUACCGCCUCCUAUUGAUCAAUUGUUCUCUUGCUAUGGCUCUCACAGCCUUAGACAUCUCACCAUCGACGCCACACAUCAGGAUAGCACAGAUGUCUGGUCCAUUCUUGCAUCAUGUCCUCGCCUCAAGACGCUCAAGUUACUGAAUUUGAAUCACGAGCACAUCAUCACACUAGGCUACUUGGAAACAAUCCAUCAGCUCUGCCCACAUCUAAUAGAACUGGCCAUCAAGUGCACUCGAUCGGAUCCAAACCCUGCUUUGCUACCUCAAUUCAGUGAGCAUCAAGGCUGUAUUGUCCUGACACCUUCGGUACUGGAAUCCUUCUCAUUGGCAUCAAAAUCCGGAUCAGCUAAAUGGCCGUAUUGGUUGCCUUAUUUCUCUGUAAAGUAUCCUCAUCUACAACACAUUCAAUUCAAGCAUUGCGGGUUAGGUAAGGACGGUGGGGGCAAUCAAACUAUUCCAGACCAAGUCUUUACGCUAUUCACGCAUGGUUGUCGCCAACUCAAAUCUAUCCGUUGGAACAACAUUAUUGUGCAACAUGAUCAGCAAAAGGGGUUGUUUAGUUUGUGCGAUCAGCACCAUAAGAAACAACAAAAGCAGCCAUUCUUGCACUUGGAGCGUAUCGAAGCAUAUGAAAACUUUCAGAUCCCUGGUUCAAUUCAGCUUUCCCCACUCGUUCAACAAGACUCACUGAUGUCAAGUUUACUCACUUCACUUACGAUUGGUCAACCACCGGCAGAAGUUACAACCGCUCAGGUGUUGGAGGCUAUUGGUCAUUGCCGCAAUUUAGUGGCGCUCAAGAUCCAGGAAUGCUUUGUUGAUCCCGAAAUGGCAUAUAGUAUGGAUGAUAUCUUAGCGCAUUGCAGAUCGCUGCAAACAUUGUAUGUGAAGGAUGUGCAUCUGGUGGCAGCGGCGACAUCAUGUAACUUGGAAACAUCAAAUCAUCCAUUGAAGAGACUAAAGCUGAAGCGAGCAUCAUUCAAUGAAGGGGUCUUUGAUGCUGUCUCAAGGGCCUGUCCAGCAUUGGAUCAUGUAGAGUUAUUGGGCUGUUUCCAACGAGAUAGACGAGAUCAAGUUCGUAUACUGUUGCCUCGCCAAGAAUUGACCACAUUAAAGAUCCAAGGGCUUCGUACUCGUCGUUACUAUGCUGGCUGUCGUAUUCGAUUCUUCCAGGUCAAUCAGUCAUGGCACUACAUGAGUCAAUAUGACAUUCGCUCACAUCCGGUUGGCCGAAAGAUUGCAUUUCAAAAGUACCGCAAUAUGGAGUUUGCUCAUACACUUGACAGAUUGGAUGGCCGGGACAUUCAGGAACUAAAGUCGCUUGUAACAACCGAAACUCUAAAAGCUUGGGACAUUGAAGCUGUGAAGCGCAACUUGCAGACGCCAAACACUUGUUUGGAUGCCUCUUUCUGGGAUCCAGAGAACCUGUAUUAUAGCGGUUUUGUCAAAAUAGAAUUCAAAUCGGUGCAGCAUUUAUUGAUUAAUAACAAGCUGUUGCUUGUAGAAUAA